CUUGGGGUUGGCAGCUUUUUCCACUCUUCUUACUUUGUCCCUUCCCCUUGAGUUCCCAAAUCCAAAGGGGUGUGGAAGAGGAGGAGGGAGAGAAGGAGGAAGUGGAGGAGGAGGAGCAGAAGUAUUGCUUGUCCAUGAUGCACCAGAGCUGUUCUAAUUCCCACCUAGCCCCCUUGCAAUCAGUUAGCCAGAAGGCACCAAACUCUUAGCAACGAAGACGCAACCUUUGGUGACUUCCACUACUUCUCAUCCCCUUCUCCAGACAUAUUUCGGAGAUGGAAGCAGCGAUGGCAGGAUGUGAGGCAAGCCUGGAGCUCACUUCCCGGGAGUCGUUCGCUCUUUGGAGCUAAGGAGUGUGAGUUUUUGCGCACUGGCUGGAGGGUUCCCGGGAAACGCUGGAGCGGCACAAGAGGGAGAAAGGCAGGCAGAGUUCACAACUGCCGCUGCGUUUGGGGGAGGUGGUGGGUCUGCUUCCUUCUGGAGUGUCCGUGCCUCACAGGGGGCUCGAAGGCUACAGGCUGAGGCGCUCACAUUACUGCGUGCACUGCUUGGCCUAGGCAAAGUGCUGCUGGAAUGAGACUCCUCCAAAGCAAAGGAGGAGGUUGGGAGGCUGGACCCUUAGGAAACUAGAGAGUCACUAAGCAGAGGCAGCACCUGCCAUUCUAACUAAACGGCGGAAUGAUUUAAGAACUCUUUAGCCGCUCUCUCUGGAGCUCCCUCGCCCCGAGUCCACAGAAGCUCUGCGGAACUCUAGAAAUCUUCCCUAGGCGGACAGAAGUUUCUGGGUAUCCUCCCUGGCUAGGACUGGGGGCUGAGAAACCCGCUAAGCUGUUCUGUCUGCUGCUUGGGAAAACACUAUCUUCCUCCAGCCCUGCUUGUCAUUGGGCAGUCUCUGACCGCCUGCUAAGUCUAGCCUGAGCACUCAUCGAAACUCGGCUCGCCAUCUCGCUUUGGACAUGGAAUUACGCGCCUGAGACCUGAUGGACAUUGCCGGUUGUUUUACAAGACGCAGCUGUGAAAGAAAGUUAACAAUGAAGCUGGCAAUUCUUUUGGUUCUUGUGGUCUGUUCUGUAGUCUGCACAAAUUUGAAGAUUGUGUCAAAGAGAAAUUCUGUGGAUGGCUGUAUUGACUGGUCAGUGGAUCUCAAGACAUACAUGGCUUUGGCAGGUGAACCAGUCCGAGUGAAAUGUGCUCUUUUCUACAGUUACAUUCGUACCAACUAUAGCAUGGCCCAGAGCACUGGGCUCAGGCUUAUGUGGUACAAAAACAAAGGUGAUUUGGAAGAGCCCAUCAUCUUUUCAGAGGCCAGGAUGAGCAAAGCAGAAGAUUCAAUAUGGUUUCACUCAGCCGAAGCACAAGACAGUGGAUUCUACACUUGUGUUUUAAGAAACUCUACAUAUUGCAUGAAGGUGUCAAUGUCCUUGACCGUUGCAGAGAAUGAAUCAGGCCUGUGCUACAAUAGCAGGAUCCGCUACUUAGAAAAAUCUGAAGUCACUAAAAGAAAGGAGAUUUCCUGCCCAGACAUGGAUGAUUUUAAAAAGUCCGAUCAAGAGCCCGAUGUUGUAUGGUACAAGGAAUGCAAGCCAAAAAUGUGGAGAAGCAUAAUAGUACAGAAGGGAAACACUCUUCUAAUCCAGGAAGUUCAAGAAGAAGAUGGAGGAAAUUACACAUGUGAAUUUAAGUAUGAAGGGAAAGUUGUAAGGCGAACAACUGAACUGAAAGUUACAGCUUUACUCACAGACAAGCCUCCCAAACCAUUGUUCCCAAUGGAGAAUCAGCCAAGUGUUAUAGAUGUCCAGCUGGGUAAGCCUCUGAACAUCCCUUGCAAAGCAUUCUUUGGAUUCAGUGGAGAGUCGGGGCCAAUGAUCUACUGGAUGAAAGGGGAAAAGUUUAUUGAAGAACUGGCAGGUCACAUUAGAGAAGGUGAAAUAAGGCUUCUCAAAGAGCAUCUUGGAGAAAAAGAAGUUGAAUUGACGCUCAUCUUUGACUCAGUGGUGGAGGCUGACUUGGCUAAUUACACCUGCCAUGUAGAAAACCGAAAUGGACGGAAACAUGCCAGUGUCCUACUUCGUAAAAAGGACUUAAUCUACAAAAUUGAGCUUGCUGGAGGCCUUGGAGCAAUCUUCCUCCUCAUUAUACUUCUGGUGGUCAUCUAUAAAUGUUAUAACAUUGAACUGAUGCUCUUCUACCGACAACGCUUUGGAAGUGAUGAAACUGUUGCUGACAACAAGGAGUAUGAUGCUUACCUGUCUUAUACCAAAGUGGAUCAGGAUACUUUAGACUGUGACAAUCCUGAAGAAGAGCAGUUUGCACUUGAAAUACUUCCAGAUGUCCUGGAAAAACACUAUGGAUACAAACUAUUCAUCCCAGAAAGGGAUCUGAUCCCAAGUGGAACAUACAUUGAAGAUCUCACAAGAUGUGUUGAGCAAAGUAGAAGACUUAUUAUCCUGCUAACUCCAGAAUAUAUUCUCAGACGGGGAUGGAGUAUUUUUGAGCUGGAAAGCAGACUUCAUAACAUGCUAGUCAGUGGAGAAAUCAAAGUAAUUUUGAUUGAGUGUACAGAGUUAAAAGGAAAGCUGAAUUGCCAGGAAGUAGAAUCACUAAAGCGCAGCAUCAAACUUCUGUCUCUGAUCAAGUGGAAGGGACCCAAAAGCAGCAAAUUAAAUUCUAAGUUCUGGAAGCACUUAGUAUAUGAAAUGCCCAUCAAGAAAAAAGAAAUGCUAUCUCAGUGUCAUGUUCUGGACUCUGCAGAACAAGGACUCUUUGGAGAGCUCCAGCCUUUACCCUCAAUUGCCAUGACCAGUACCUCUGCCACUCUGGUGCCAUCUCAAGCUGAUCUCCCUGAUUUCCACCAUUCAGAUUCAAUGCAGAUGAGGCAUUGUUGCCGAGGUUAUAAACACGAAAUGCCAACAAGCACCUUGCCACUACCUUCCUUAGGCAACCACCACACUUACUGUAAUUUGCCUCUGACACUACUCAAUGGACAACUACCCCUGAAAGAUAAUCAGGAAUUUCCCAGGAACAGUUCCCUGCUGCCUUUGUCAUCCAAAGAGCUUAGCUUCACCAGUGACAUUUGGUAGUGAAAAAAUUGCAUUCCUUUAAACAGUUAUAUGUGCAUACAGAAUUUCUGCUAUACGUGGAAAACAAUACACCUAAUAACACUGAGGUACUGAGAAAGUGAAAAAAAAGGCACAGAAUUGCUUUUGUACUUAAAUGUUUUUGUUUACAUUUCUAAAAUAGUGAGUGGGGAGAGGAUGUGCUUUUGAGUGUGGCACUUUUUCCAAUGUACAGUUUUAAUUUUUUCCUGCAGAGGAAAAUUUUAAAAUUGUGUUCUUUUAGAGUAGGUUUUGUGAUACUACAUGGACUGCAACCUUAUUUAGUGAAGUAUGUUCCCCAUAUUUAUGAAUAUUUCUGUAUUUACAUGGUACUUGAAAUGAGAAAAAUUAAAAAUUUUAACAGAAUUUGAACUAAGUUUAAGGGGAAAAGAGAACAUCUCAAGAGUAACUGAAGAAUCAGGAAUUAUAAAGAAAAAUGUUGAGGAACUCCAGCUGGAAGACUGUUUGUAGAACAACAUCAGUUGAGAAAAAAAACUGUGAUUGAAAUGUUUAGAACUUCUUCAACAUAAUGGACAACUUCUGUAGACUAAAUCAAUAAUAGCAACUUUUAGGUUAUUAAGCAAGCACAUCUUCUGUAGGCAAACUUGUAGGUAAGUAAUAAUGUACAUUUCUUAAGCAAAUGAAUAGAGAGGCUGUGAAUUCUUUUAGGAUGGUUUGAACAACCUUUAUGGCUUUCUGGCUUAUUACAAAAGUUUUACAACUUUGAAAACACAUCUUAAAUACACAUUUUAUUGUUUUCUAACUAACUCACAUUUGGAUAACCUUUUUCCCCAAAUGAUCUUUGACCUGGUAUAUAUGUAGAUGUGGGCAUUUUUCUUCUUGUUUUUAAGCAUGACUGAUGUUUGAAUUUAAACAUAUACUGACUGCAAGUGUCAGCAACUGAAAAGAAGUAAUACAACGAUAUUCACAGAUGAAGUGCUAAGUGAUUCAAGUUUACUAGUGGUAGAACAGCAAAUAUAGGGAUUCUCAAUUUAAUAUUAUUGUGAAAUAGACUAUUCUGUACAUACACAGUAUCUGCUUGUCCAUGGGUACAAGGCUCCAGCACAAGUGUCUCUAUCCCUGAUGCUUCAAAUAUAUUUGACAGACUAGCCUUGUCCACCUUCAAAUAAUGACAGUGACUCAACCAUACUACAAAAAUCUCUGUGUGUAAUCUAUUUCCUAUUUGCUGUAAGGAAUGUGCCCCUGUUCUAGUACUUAUUGUGGAUUAAUACUUUAUAUUCUUUCUAAUUAAUCAAAUUUGAUGUGCUCUCCACCUAGAUGCCUGUGGGAAUCAAUUGUUUAUUAUGAUUGAUUUGGGAACUUGCAAAUGAUUUAUAAAUCGUUAGUGGACAAAUAUAAACAAGGACAAAUGUACACAAUGUGUAAAAAUUCAGAAUUUUCCCAACUCUUGUAAUUGUGAAGCUCAAAUAUAUGAGAACAUUAGAUAAUAUGCUUUAACUAUUUCUCUCAACCUUUUCCCACUAUUUAUUCUCCGUGAUCCUUGAAUUUUGUUUAUCUGUUGCUUUUCUAUAUCCACCUCUUCAGAAAAUGUAGUAUAUACCAAUAAUAUGUGAAAGCUUAGCUAUAAUACAUGAACAUUUUACAAUGGAACAAUUAGUUGCUCCUUAGAAAAGUCUUGUUCAACAUAUGUGUUUCAUAGAUGUUAUUUUUUUUCCACUGAGAAAGAAGAUUUUGCUUCUGUAAAAACAAUCGGUAUUUCAAAAUGAAAAUCCACCAAUGUUGAACUGUUUUCUGAGUGUUGUAAAAUUUUAUGUACUCUGGUUGUUCUUUAAUGGUAUGUAUAAUUACUAAGUUAAUAAUCUGCAUGAAAUGAGUAGUGUGUUUCAGUGGACAAUUGUACUUUUUACUAUUUUUUCACAGAUAUUUAGAUUAAUUCAAAUAGAAUGUUCAGUGGUAUUUUUAAACUAAUAGCUCUGUAUUAAGCAUGCCAGUUCUGAAAAUAUA